AUGGGAGGCGGAGACCUCAAUCUGAAAAAGUCAUGGCAUCCCGUUCUGAUGAGCAACCAGCGGCGGGUAUGGGAGGAAGAAAAGAAGGCGCUCGACGAGCGCAAACGUAUAGAGCAGAUGAUGAAGGAGCGUCAAGAGGAACGGAAUAUCCAGGAAAUUCAAGAUAUGCAAGAGGCAGCAGGCGGUACCAAGAGAGCCCAGCGCGUGGAGUGGAUGUACUCUGGGCCCUCGGCUGGCCAAACCGGAACCACCGAAGAGAUGGAGGGGUAUUUGUUAGGGAAGAGGAGGGUAGAUGGGCUGAUCAAGGGUACGGAGAACAAAAAGCUGGAGAAGGCGUCUACGGAGGAUUCAUUCAUGGCUUUGCAGAACGCAAAUACUGUCAGGGAUACGGCUGCUAAGAUACGGGAGGACCCUAUGCUGGCGAUCAAGCAGAGGGAGCAAGCUGCGUACGAGGCGUUGAUGAACGAUCCUGUGAGCCGAAGACGUCUGCUCAAAGAGGCCGGGCAUGAUGUCAAGCCCAAAGAAAAGGAGAGACGACGCAAGCACAGACACCACCAUCGCAACGACAGAGAUGAUGCCCGUUACCUCAGCCCUAAACGUAGGCGGACAGGUGAGGAAGACAGGCGCAGUCGGAAGAGCCGAAGCUCUCGAUCGCCGCCUCGCCAGCAAACCAACGGCCACCACCUCAAUCACAGCAACAGCUUUCCCUCCAAUCGCCCUCCGCCUCGUCACAAUACUUAUUCCCCAGAAGCACAACCCAAAGAGAAACCCAGAGAUCAGGCUGUGGACAAGUCUGCAAGAUUAGCCGCAAUGCAGGCUGACGCCAACGAUCUGGAUGCUGUACGCUCCAACCGACUUGCCGCCAUUGAGGAACGCGAACGCGUAGAGCGAGAAGCGGAACAGAAAGCGAGGGAUCAAUCGGGAAAAUAUGGUGGAAGAGGAGACUUCGUCAAUGGGUUGAAUCGCAGGGCUGGAGAGAUGGAUGUUGCUGAGAGAAUUCAGAGAAACAGGGGUGGCCUGGAGAGGGGUCUUGACAGAGAAUGA